AUGCUCGACUGCCCUUCUUCGACAGCUCACGGAUAUCGUCUUCGUGCUGAGUUUGCCAUUAAGGACUUAGGUCCUCUGCACUAUUUCCUCGGGAUCGAGGUUAUUCGUCGAGCAGAUGGCUUCUUUCUUCAUCAGCGGAAGUAUGCUCAUGAGCUUCUGGACCGUGCCGGGAUGCUUAAUUGCAAACCGGCUGCCACACCUGUUGAUACGAAGGCCAAGCUCUCUGCCACAGAUGGUUCUCCUGCUUCUGAUGCUCCAUUCUACAGGUCGAUUGUUGGUGCUCUUCAGUACCUCACUCUUACUCGUCCGGAGCUCCAGUACGCUGUUCAGCAGGUGUGCCUUCAUAUGCAUGCUCCCCGUGAUGCUCACUGGACCGCAGUCAAGCGCAUUCUGCGCUAUAUCCGUGGCACCUUGGAUCUUGGGCUGUCACUUCAGGCUUCAUCAUCUAUGGAUCUGACGGCUUUUUCUGACGCCGAUUGGGCCGGCUGCCCUGACACACGCCGCUCGACCUCUGGUUAUUGCGUCUAUCUUGGACCAUCACUUAUCUCCUGGUCGUCCAAGCGGCAGCCCGUUGUCUCCCGAUCCAGUGCUGAAGCGGAGUACCGCGCCGUUGCCAACGUCGUCGCCGAGUGUUCCUGGCUUCGUCAGCUUCUGCAUGAGCUCUUGUCUCUGGUUGACAAGGCCACGAUUGUCUACUGUGACAAUGUUUCUGCGGUCUACCUCUCUGCCAACCCGGUUCAUCAUCGACGCGCCAAGCACAUUGAGAUUGAUAUCCAUUUUGCUCGCGAACAGCCGUCCGUCGUCGCCGGCUUUAUCUCGGACUCCGCCGCCACCACGCCUCCACCGAGCGGCGUCCCCGACCUCACGCGCAAUCGGCUUGAUCACCCGCUCGCCGCCGCGAUCCGCCUCAUCUACGCCGCUUGA